AUGCUGUUUGUUAUGGAAGGGAAGGCUUUCUUACUGGGGGUAAUCCUGCUGGCUUCGGUUCUCACGGAGAGCCACCAGAAAGGUUACGGGAACGGAGGUGGCAACGGAGGAGGAGGAGGAGGAUAUGGAGGUGGAGCAGGAGGAGGUAAUGGUGGCGGUGGAUAUGGUGCAGGUGGUGGCGCCGUUGGUGGUGGAAAUGGCGCUGGAGGAUAUGGCGGUGGUGCAGGCGGUGGUGCCGGUGGUAAUUAUGGUGGAGGCGCUGUUGGAGGAAAUGGUGGAUUUAGAGGCGGCGCCAGUGGAGGCUACGGUGCUGCUGGAGGUGCAGGAGGAGGAUUUAAAGCUGGAGGAGCAGGAGGUGUUGGUGGAGCAGGUGGUUCCGGUGGAUAUGGCAAUGGUGGCGCAGCUGGCUCCGGAGGAUAUGGAGCUGGUGGUGCUGGAGGAUCAGGAGGAUAUGGCAAUGGUGGUGCUGGAGGAUCGGGAGGCUCUGGAGGAUACGGAGCUGGUGGUGCAGGUGGUGCUGGAGGAUUUGGAGCUGGUGGAGGAUCAGGUGGUGCCGGAGGAUACGGCACUGGUGGCGCAUCUGGUUCUGGAGGAUAUGGAGCCGGUGGAGCUGGAGGAUCAGGAGGCUCCGGAGGAUACGGAUCAAGUGGAGCUGGAGGAUCAGGAGGCUCUGGAGGAUACGGAUCAGGUGGUUCCGGAGGAUAUGGAGCUGGUGGAGCCGGAGGUGCCGAUGAACAGGUUAGACGAGGUCUUCAGUCUGGUUACGGGGCAGGUAAAGCUGGUGGUGCUUCUGCUUUCGGCGGUGGAGGUUUCGUCGGCGAGCGAGGGGGCUUCGGGGGCCUGCGCGGGGAUCAGGGAGCCAUCCGGGUCACAUCCGGUGGUGGACCCGGACAAGGGAACUACAAAGGGGAGGACGGAGGAUACGGAAACGAAGGCAAUUACCCACCACAGCCUUAUCAGUUUGAUUACAACAUUCAAGACGAACAAGGAAAUAGCAACUACCGUCAGGAAGAAGGCGACGAGAACGGAAAUGUUCGCGGAACUUAUGGUUAUAUGGAUGUCGAUGGUGUAUAUCGCUACGUGGAAUACGAAGCUGAUGCUAAUGGAUUCCGUGCCAAUAUUCGUACUAAUGAACCUGGAGUUGGCAAAGAUAGUCCUGCCGACGUUGUUAUGACGGUAGAGGAGCCUCCUGCAGCAGUUGUGGCAAGGUAUGCUCAAAAUAACGGACAAAAGGGAUAUGCAGGAGGUCAGGGAGGAGCACAAGGUGGACAAGGCGGAUAUGGCGGAGGACAGGGAGGAGCACUAAGUGGACAAGGCGGAUAUGGCGGAGGACAAGGUGGACAAGGCGGAGCACAAGGGGGACAAGGCGGAUAUGGCGGAGCACAAGGUGGACAAGGAGGAUUUGGUGGAGCGCAAGGUGGACAAGGUGGAUAUGGUGGAGUGCAAGGUGGUGCUGGUAGACAAGGAGGUUAUGGCGGAGGUCAGGGCGGUGCUGGAGGACGAGGAGGUAAUGUUGGUGGACAAGGUGGUGCUGGAGGACGAGGAGGUUAUGGUGGUGGACAAGGUGGGGCUGGAGGACAGGGAGGCUAUGGUGGAAAUCAGGGUGCAAAUGGUGGUCAAGGUGGCUAUGGUGGAGGACAAGGUGGUGUUGGAGCUCAAGGAGGAUAUGGUGCUGGAAAGGGUGGUCAAGGCGGACAAGGAGGGUAUGGUGGCUCUGGAGGACAGAGUGGAGCUGGACGCCAGGGAGGAUAUGGAACAGGACAGGGUGGCGCAGGACGCCAGAGUGGAUUUGGAGGCAACCAAGGAGGAAGCCAAGGAGGAUACGGAAGCGGACAAGGAGGUGCUAAUGGACAAGGUGCUUAUGGAGGAAGUCAAAAUGGUGCUGGACGUCAAGGAGGCUAUGGUGGAGCGCAGAGUGGUGUUGGUAGCAUUGGAGGUGGCAAUGGGAAGAAUGGAGGAGGAGGAUAUGGUUCCGGAGGAAACGGUGGUAGCGGCGGAUAUGGACAAGGUGGAAGCAUUUCUCGACAAGGUGGAUCAGGUGGGUAUGGGGGACAGGGUAAUCAAGGAGGUCAAGGAGGUUAUGGAAAUGGUGCACAAGGUGGCUUCGGUAAUGGAGGAAAAGGUGGAGUGGGUGGUGGAUCUGGGGGAUACGGUGGACAAAGUGGAUCUGGAAAAACUAAUGGAGGAUCCGGUUAUGGUAGUUCUGCGGGUAAUGGGGCAUCUGGGGCAGGUGCACAGGUGAGUAGUGGUUAUGGUUCAGGAGGCUCCAACGGACAACGAGGAGCUGGAGGCUAUGGGGGCGCAGGAGGAAAUGGAGGAAAAGCCGGAGGAUUCGGUGCACAGGGCGGAGCUGGUGGAUAUGGUGGACAAGGAGGUUCCGGUGGAUUUGGAGCACAAGGCGGAUCCAAUAACUACGGUGGGCAAGGAACAGGUGGAGCAGCUGGUGGUUAUGGUGGACAACAAGGUCAAGGACAAGGUAGUGGAUAUGGAGGAGCUCAAGGAGGGGCUGGCGGAAAUUUCGGAAAUCAGAAAGGAACGAAAUAUUGAAAUAUGUUGCUUAACGGAAGAAAUACUGCUGAGGUAAUUACAAUUUUGAGUAAAAAGAUGUAAAGCCUCUUAAAUGCUGCGGGACAUCGUGUCAGUGACCCGUCAGUAACUUGCCAUGGGUUGUUGAAGAACACUUUUUGUUGAAGCGGGUGCUCAUUUGUUGAAAGAGUUUUAUGUACUUGUUGCUUGUUUAAUUUAAUUCUAGCGCUGCGCAUUGGGAAGAUUUCUUUUUCAUCGGUGCAAAUGUAUGUAUGAAAGGGACUGUGCUGUGAAUUUCCCUUCAUCUCAAGGACUAUUGCAAAACCUAUGUGAAUAGCGAGCUUGUAUCAUACUCACAAUUGCUGUGGGAAACUGCUCGGGUUUCUUUGUUUGUUCUCUGUCUUAAAGUAUUACAUAUAUUUUGUUUGAAUAAAACUGUUG